CCCGCCAUGAUGGUCGUUCCUUUUCCACUUUGAUUGUUCUAGAGUCAGUCCCUGGAUCUAUUCUGCUCUGCCACUAGGCAUACAUCCUUCUGAGAUAUAUAUACCUGCGAAGAAUAUACGUCUUGAUAUUCUCCCUACUUCUCCUCCAAAGACAAAGAAGACACUGAAGAAAGACGGUGUCUGGUGCUACCAACAGAAAGGCCGGCCUGAUGCAGCAGUGGGUGUACUAUGUCUCACCGGAGGUCAAUGCGAUUUCGCAGUAUCCAACCAUCCUCGCGGUAUGCAUUUCUCUCACCUUUGUCAUGACCGUGGUGGUCUGUCUCCGGAUCUGGGUUCGUGCUGUGUGGAAGAAGAGCUUUGGCGUUGAUGAUGCUGUCAUUGUGUCCUCGGCGGUAUGUAUCUAUAUAACUAUGCAGCUAUAUGUAUAGUUAUACAGAUAUUCCCCCUCCAUUUAUCUUACCCUUGCUGAUAUCGAGUCCUUUAGGUAUGCGGGAUCAUCUACAGUGCGUUGUGCAUAACUCAGUCCCGGCUAGGUCUCGGUCUUCCUCUCAAACUACGUCCAAAGGCGAGUCUGAAUACAUAUGCUACCGUAAGUAAUGAUAUUUACCACAUGAGAUGACUAUAAGCAUCCACAACUGAUUGUUUGCUCAUGUAGGUCAACUUCGCUGGCCGCCCGUUCUACAUGGCUGGCAUCACCGGCUUCAAAGUGGCCCUGUGUAUCGCAUAUCUACGCAUCAUCCGCCAUAGUUCAGAAAAGUCCUACCGCCACGUCGUUUGGGGCAUUAUGAUAUUCACCGUCUUAUCCCAUGUUGCCGGGACUCUCGUUCUCUUCUUCCAGUGCUCACCCGUGCACAAGUCAUGGCGGCCAUUGACACCGGGAAAGUGUCUGCCAAAUCCUGCUGUCUUCUACCCUCUUGCGGGAGUAUCAAUCUUCUGUGAUUUGAUUGUCUUCCUUACCCCCAUCCCGCUAUGGCUGAAAGUACGCAUCAGCACGCCGCGUAAACUGGGGCUGAUGGCCGUCUUCCUGCUUGGCCUGUUCACCACAGCCUGCUCGAUUAUGCGAGUGGUACAGAUUGAGAUAAUCGCAAAGGACGGAAACUCUACCAUGCUUAUCCUCUGGGGAACCAUCGAGCUGAACGUCGGAAUCGCCAUAACCUGUCUGCCCACUCUCAUACCACUAAUCACCUUCAUGCGAGGCCGAUCAUCCAAGAGCGGUCCCAUGCAGUAUCCUCACAGUACCUCCGACGGCCGCAGCGCCGGCACUUCAGUCAAGCUCAAAUCCGUCGGCCUGCACUCAUCGACCAUGCGAUCCCAAACCAUCCCGACUGGCAACAACACUCUAGUCAAGUCGGGCAGUUUCAGCUCUCUAGAGGCGAUUCUCCCGGUGGACAGCCAAGGGCGGCCCAUCCAGCGAGAAGACAUGGAAUCCUGCAACGGAAACGGAUCACAGAGCCAUGUACACCUCUCCAAUCCUGGCCAUAUAACGAAGACUGUCCAGGUGGAGAUCACCCGGACGGACAACCGGCCGGGCCCUGAACAAAGUUGGCUUCAUUGAGCUUGUUUAAGCUUGCUCUUCUGUCUCCAUGCUUCAUUUUCGCGAAUAGGGAGAAAAAAUGGGUAUCUUUAAAAGGUGUUCGGGCCUUGGUUUCUAGAACGUUUUAUUAUGUCCGGUCAUGGCAGCAAUGUCCUUCUCUUUCUCACGAUAUUAGUACUUUCAUACACGUUUUUAUACCUCGAUAUACCCUGUAUAUACUAUUGUUUUCUCUCUCUUGCUGUUCAAUCACGAGCGCUACCAAAAGUGCAACCAUCUGGGUCACUAUUUUAGUUUUCUUCUCGUCAAAGAACUCCGUGGUUAACUACGUGGUAGUUAGUUGACUAGUUUGUUACUUAAUAGACACCAACCCCUAAACGAAAUAUCUGUGACUCAAAAUCAUCUCACCAUCUCCACCAGCUAAACAACCAGCUACUAAGACAAACAAGAAGAAAGGUCGUAUUAAUAGCAUUCUCUGCAAUGCUGUAUCUAGCCAUGGUCGCAAAUUCACUCUGUGCUUCUUACGAGGUGCAGCAAGAUGGCCGUGUCAAAGACAAGGCACAGCAUAUAUACCCAGCUCGCAGGGAGCACGAAGACCGCCAUAGAAAAUGAAAAAUAUCGAACG